AUGGUGAGUCUGACACUGGAAGGCAUUAUUUUAAUUUCAGUUACGUUCAUAGUUGAACAAUGUCUGGGAAGGUCACAUGGUGGUGGAGGAGGUACGGGUGGGGACGAUGAAACAUCGUCGACAUCCAAUACCGGUACGAUUAUUGGCAUCGUUGUUGGCGUUAUCUGCGGCGUAAUCAUGUUACUUUUAUUGAUUUUCAUAAUUAGAACUUUAAUAAUCAAAAAAUCAGUUCUAAAACGAACAAUUCGGCCAGCACCUCGAGUAGCUCAACAGCGUCCAGUGAGACAAGCACCUGCUACUCGUAUUUCCUCAUCAGUUCUUGUUGCACCCUCACCACCACCAAGUUAUUCGGAAGCGAUUAAAAUCUGUUUUACACCGUUAGACACAGGAUUUCUCUUGUCUGGUCUCGUAUUCGGCCUAGGAACUCUUUUUGGCAGUCAAUGGAGAACUUGCAAAAACAGGAUAAAUUCAAAUGAAAUUGUUGAAACUGAUGUACAUGGUGGAAUAUUACGACAAAAAACAUUGAUGAAAAAUUCUGCUCAUCAACAAAAUGAAUAUACAGAUCGUUUAGGAAAUAAAUUUCAAUCAUUAACUAUAGAAACCGAUAAUUUGAUAAUUGAAGAACGUCUACUACCAUAUGAUUUGAAGGAAACUAGUUCGUCUGAUUUAAAUGACAAUCAAUUGACAAUUGAAACUCAAAAUAAAGAUAAAUUGAAAGUAAAAUAUGAUGAAAAUUUACAAAGAAUAUUUUAUAGUCAUGCUCUACAGGUGACAAAAAACGUGAAUGUUUUUAUACGUAUAACAGGGUCUAUAGACGAAUGUUAA